CGCAUUACCUCAUCCGGCGCAGCGCAUGACGUCAUCUCAACAUGGUCGGUGUGGCUUGCUGACGGCGGAGCGCGCUCUUUCCCGCCCAGGCGGAAAGGCAGCGCGGCGUGAGGGGAACCGUCCGCGCCUCGCCAGGCGAACGCGCGGCGAAAGGGGGCACGUCGCAGCCCUCGGCUCGGGGGGGACAUUCAAGGUGAAUUGAAUCCCUGGCGGCACAGGACACCGCAUCCUCCACUCUCACCCUGCGGCACCGUGAACUGGGCGUCAAGUACAAUCAUGGCCGAGUCGAUGCUGUGCGCGACAGACGAGACCUACGCCAAGGCCCUGCUGCGCUUCCUGGAUGCAGACCGGGAGGCGCGCCCCGCGCUCUCGCUGUGCGACGUGACGCUCAUUGCGGGCGAGCGCAAGUUCCGCGCUCACCGCACCGUGCUGGCCGCGGGCAGCGUCUACUUCCGCCGCCUUUUCUCGGCGUCGCCGUGCGGGUCGGCGCCCGGGGAGGAGCGUCUCUCUCUCGCGGGCGGUAGCGCCGGCACCUCCUCGGCCGUGUACAACGUGGAGAUCGCCGGCGUGGAGCCCGGCACCUUCGAGCUGGUGCUGUCCUUCCUGUACACGGCGAGCGUGCACGUGGACGCGGCGCGAGCGCGCGCUGUGCGGGCGCUGGGCCGAGCGCUGGGCGUGCCCUUCCUGGCCGCGUUGCCAAGCGGGCGGCCGGCGCAGCACGCGGCGCGCAAGAGCGGCGGCGGCGACGGCGGCGACGACGUGAGCGCCGAGGGCGUGCUGGUGAGCGACAAUCCCCUGGGCGAGGCGGUGCCACGGGGAGAGGUGAGCGAGGGGCGAGCGGACGGCGCGCCGACUGGCGACGGGCAGGCAGGUGACGGGACGCACUCGGACGAGGAUGACGUUCCUGCGAUCGUCGGAGUAGUUUCCCCUGUGGACAAUGGCCUGGGCGCAGUGCAGUCGGUGUGUCACCUGAGCGCCUACGUUGAAGAAGCCUGCUCUGAGGGGGAGGAGGCCGGCGGUGGAGGUGUGAGAGUUGACGAGCCGGAAAGGAUUGAGGCGAGCGAAGAAGAACAGGGGACAGCCGGAGGUGCUCCAGAUCAACAAGAGUUAAAUGCCGACUUCUCCGAGAUCUCCGCGCUGGAGACCCCGGAGCUUGCGGCGAAGUCUCGGGAACAUGGUGGCAGCGAGGCUCUGGAUACCCUCGUCAGCAUUUCUAUCACGGCCGUCUGCCACGAGGGCAAAAGUGGCGACGUCCGUCCCAAUGCAGAUCCUGGCGAAAACAUCAAGAAUGGAACCCGGUGCGAGCAGGACUCGCUGCCGCUGGAGGCCCCCGUGAGACCGACAGUAGCAAAACGGAUCACCCCGCUGGAGGCGACGAUUAAAAAACUGCAGCAGGGCGUGGAGAAACACGACAAAGCCUGCAGCCCCGAUCGUCUCCUUUCUGUGCAGGCAAAGGCAGGGAAGCUCCAGCAGGGUGUCGGCACGAAUUUAGAGAGAUCGCCGCAGGGCUCCUCGCCGGCGGGGGCUGUGGAGGGUACUAGUAGCCACAAGGGUAGCAGAGCAGCGUCUAGCCCGGGCCUUAAGCGCGGCGUUUCCAACAAGAGACCCUGCAAUGUCGCCGAGGAUGGGAGCCCCGUCUUGAAAAGCUUUCGCACGAACUUGGUGCUGGGCCGACUCGCGGAGGAGGGGCCCGCCGCCGCCGACCGCCACUGCGACGCCGCGCCAAAGUGGUCGCUGGAAAAGCUCCGCGUCAAGAACGCCUCGAAAAUCUGGUGCGACGAGUGCGGCCAGGUGUUCCGAACGGUGCGGGCUCUGAAGCGCCACGGCGAUGUCUACCACAGCGCCAACCGGCCAUACCCGUGCGCCGUGUGCGGCAAGCGCUUCCUCACGAGCUACAAGGCCUGGACGCACCGGCGCACGCAGCACGCCGCGACGCUGGGCGGCGGUCUGGAGGAGUCCUCGGAAGAGGGCACCUCCCGCGUCUUCCUCGUGAUUCCGCCCUUCGUGAGCGGGGCGCUGGAUGGACAGGCGGAGCCUGAUGCCGGCGACCGCCUCGGGGACCGAGGCGCCGACGGGGUGGAGGAGGGUCGCGCGCCGCUGGGGUUGGGGAGGCGUGCCAGGGCCGAACGGGGGAAUAGAAGCGCGGCCAGGAGCCAGAACGAUGCUUUGGAGACUGACAGUCUCCUGGCAGAUGCGGAGAGAGCAGAUGUCACGAAUGAAGAAAUCUCUAGCAGUGAACAGUUACUGCAGACAGAGCCUGCUGAUGUUAAAGCUGACGAUGACGAUGUGGAGAAUGCGAUGGAGAACGUUGAAACAACUGUCGAAGGCAUUGAAGAUGAAAUCAAAGCUGUUACACAGGACCAUGUCCUGGAAACAACUUCUGAGAUUGAAACUCUCCACGGGGGUGCUGUGGUAAGUGACGUGGAAGCUGCUCAGGAGGAGACGUUGUUGUUUGAUGGGAGCCAAGCACCGGAGGGGGACAAAGAUGAUGAUGAUGCAUUGAGAACGAGCCGUGAUGGGCAGACCCUUCUGGUCAGUGGAGAGAGAAACGCGACAUUGAAUAAAGUCAAUGACAUUGAGUUCCACAUUGACGACAGUGCAGAAAUUCAUGGGAACCAAAAGAGCAGCUCAAAUGUUGAAGGAGAUUCUGCAGAAGUGGACAUUUCUCAAGCCAAGAAAUCCAAUGUUAAGUUGAGUCCGGAAAAGUUGACUGACCCUAAAUCUGGUGAUCGACACAAAGGAUGUCAAGACCAAGAAUCAGUCACUGGCAUUGACAGUGAAACGCAGACAGACGCUGUCCCAGAGGAAAGUCAGAAAAAGGUCCCACGAAAACGCAAAAACAUUUCGUGGGGCGAUGAAGCUGCAGGUGGGAAAUUGGAGCAGAGGCUUCUCGUGAAAAAACUUGGCCAAUUUGGCGAGGAGCAGAACUUCACAGAAGAAGAUGACGAGGACGAUAAUGAGAAAGAGGAGCCCCCGGCAGCGUCGGAAGGGGCAGACUUGAGCGGCCAAGAUGGCCAAAGGGUGAAGACCGCUCGCAAGGGCUGCGGCUACAUAUGCGGGGAAUGCGGCAAGAGCUUCCCCUUUUACUGCCGCUUCCGGGAGCACACCAAGACGCACAUGCUGGAGAGGCCGUACAUAUGCUCCGUGUGCCCCAAGUCGUUCCGCAGGGAGGGCAACCUCCGCAUGCACCAACGCAGGCACCGGCUCGAGCUGCUGGCCGAGCUGGGCGCCUCACCCACGUCGCCGGACACCGCCCUCGCUACGCCCAGGGUUAGGAAGCACGCGGUGAGGAGGGGUCCUCGUUCCGGGCGAGCGGGAAGCCCUGGCGCGCCCAGACUAACACCCCGUACCAAAAUAACAGACGAGGAUUCCGCGGCCGAGCAGAGCGACAAAGAGCCGGUGCCGUGCCGGCUGUGCGAUCUGGUGCUGUGGUCAGCCGAUGAGAGGAAGGAGCACGAGGUGACGUGUGGGCAGCAGCGCCUCAUGUGCAGAGCGUGCGGGCGCACCUUCCGCACGGCCUUCAGCCUGUGGCGCCACCGCCUGGAGGUGCACCACGACUCGGAGACGUUUGCCUUCCUCCCCGAGAGCCCUGCUGCCGAACCUUUAUCCUCCCCCGAGGCCGCCGCCGAGCGAGAAGAAUCCGCCGGCGCCGCUGAAGCGGUGUCGGAAGCGGUGUCGGACGCGGACAAGUCCGAGGAAAUCGUCGCUCACUCGACCCCGCUGCCUGCCGUCUAUCUAGCAUCGGCCUCUGCGGCCGAACCGUCGGCGUACUCUCUGCUGUCCCUCUCUGACGCUGCAGCGGCCGGCUCGCUCCAGAGCGACAUUCCAGCGGAGACUGACAGCGACAAAGAGGCCAAGGCGGUUUCAGAAAUCCUGAUAGUGCUGGGCCCAGCGCUUAAGGAUGACCCCAAAACAAAUGAGAUGCUUUCUGCAGAAGAAGAAAAAGUGGAGUGUCAAGACGCUGACACUAAUUUCGUGACUGUCGAGGUAAAUACUCACAAAGGCGACGGCGACGGCGAUGACCACAACGAUGACUUCCAGGAAUCUCAGGUGGAGAGCGCGAUCCCGAGCUUCGCCAGCCCAGAGUCGGAGAGCCCCGCAGUUGAGAGCGGCGCUGAAAUCGACGAGGAUAAAACGAAGCCGCAGCCCAAGAUGGUUCACGGGCUGGGCGGCGAGGAGGAAGAGCUGGCGCACGCCAGCUGCCGCAAGCCCCGGCUUGUGCGGCUGCAUCCUGUGUCGCCGGCGCCGCGAUUGAGGAGGGACGGCGCGGCCAAGGCGAGACAGCUGAAGGCGCGGGCGGCUAGAGCGGAUCGGAGAGCAGCUCCGCUCGUGACCGCCGCCGACGCGGAGAGCCCUCCGCGCCCGGAGCCCAACGCCGUCGCGGCGGCGCAGGACGUGGAAUUCCCGCACACGUGCACCAAGUGCGGCGUCGUGUUCAGCCUCUUCCAGCAGUUGGAGCGCCACCAGGAGCUGUUCUGCGAGGUGAAGGCGUUCCAGUGCCACGACUGCAACAAGUCGUUCCGCACAAACUUCCGCCUCUGGAGCCACAGGCAGAGUUUCCACUGGGACGGCGACGCGGCUCCCGAAAGCCACAGCGGUUGAGUUGGCGAUGCCUCUCGGGUCGCUGUCGUUCGUUGAUAUGAUCGUAGUUUGUUGCAUCGAAAGUUCCUGGUUCUAUUGAAAGGCUUUGUUUUCGUCCAGUUAGCAACCCAGUUUCACAAGACUACGCGCCACACUCUGCCAUGGGCAGCAGUAAUUAAUACUUUUAGUGGUGAGAAGGUAAUCUUAACAUUUGGAGAAAUUAUAUUAAGUUGCCGCUGGGUGUUUUAUGUCACUUGGAGUGCUUCAUUGGCGCUCCAGCUAUGGUUCGGCAUGUAUGAAAAAUAUAAAUAGCAAUAAGUGCAUUGAAAUCAAUUCAAAUUUAAAUCAAUGUUGACCCAUUUGUAAAUAUGCCUUCGAGUGUGGAUUGUUCAGUGUUUCCCUUCAUUUGGAUGUAUCUCGUUUUGUUGUUACUGCACAUUGCGUUACGUUUCCAAAGACGUGUUUUUCAGUUUUUUUGAAAUAUAUUGAAGGUGAUUUAAAGCUUUCGUGACUGCAGGACUUUAUACUCUUUGGGUCUUUAGGUAAAUUCACGUGACUUUGCCGAAAGACCCAAAGAGUAUUAAAGGUGACCCAUAAUUUUCCUUUUGAUUGUUUUGGUUUACACCCGAUAUAAUUAUAUGGGUUUCACACUCACCCAAUUACUACUGCCACGUGAACUAAGUCCGUUGUGGCGUUUCUGCAUUACAAAGCUGUACUUCAACUUUGCAUUGUUGCAGCAACUUGAACGUGUUGUAAAAGUCCCUGUUGAACAUCACGACUGCAUACAAUGUGUUUCUUACGUAUUGUAGAGUGUUUUAUGAAGCUAUUGUAACCUAUGAUAGUCCGUUGAUUCAUUAAAUAUGUGUUGAGAUAGGCCCAGAGGCCUUUUUUCUUUAUAGGGACAAACUGCGGCCUUCUUUGUCCUACUCAAGUGUGUAUAAAUAAUAAAAACGAAUCCCCAGAUACUGCUGAUAAAGAAACCCACUAGAGCCAGAAUUUUAUAAGGGAUGUAUUUUUCUUUCAUUUUUAGAGGAAUUUUUUUUUCAUAUCUGUUAUCCAGUUACAUCUUUGUUUAAUUUUACCCGAGAAAAAAAAAAACGGGUCGCUAUUUUCUCAGCAGUAACAAACCCUCCACAACAGCCUUUUACAACCCACGUGACCUCAACUACAGCCAAAUUGUAGCCGGUUUGCAUUGUCGCUGGGGCGCGCAUUCUCACGCACUGGUCGUCAACAUGUCUGCGUGUAAAGGUGAGGUGGCGGGUGGGGACUCAUUGACGUGUUUGGCGAGUGUCUCUUUGUUUUGCCCAACUGCAGUAAAAGUACCAACUUGGAUGAAGUUUUUUUUUAAUUUACGCUGUAAGAAGAUCUGAGCUGGCAUUUCACUGCAACAAAUAUUGUGUCGCACCUACGCCUGUUUAAUGAUGAGAUGUGGUAAAACAAAUAUAGGAAAGUUGUGAUAAAAUCAAUUGAUGGGGUGGUGUUCCGUAUUAAUUUGCUUACUUUCAUUACGAAUCCGGCUGCCUGAGCUCAGUCUCUGGCCACGGCUAAUGUCAGAAGCGAGUGAUAUUUGAACUGGUACUGGGCCACUGCCCCCCAACCCGCAAUGACCAGUGUGGUUAAGUACGGUUAACCCACCCCCCUCCCUCAGCAACCGACAUGGUGUAGGGAGGCCCUCAACCAGCAGCGGAUUGACAAGUUGCGCUGCAAGUGAUUGUUCAUUUAUUUGAUGAAAAUGUGCCAAUGGUCUCCAUUGCCAACAAAUUGGAACAAAAAUUGCCAAGGCCCACGUGUUCUCGCCGUUCGGCCAAACGCGAAUUUGGCAAAGUUGUCUGCAACGGCUUCUGCAAUCUAGACACGAGAGAUGCCCGCCUGCCGGACUAAUAGCACAGCGAAUAGUUGAUAGUUGCUGCACGCUCAGUUUAAACCUCGUGCACUUUUCACUGGACUGCAGACACACACACGUAUGUACAAAAGAGGUUUCAUCAUAACGUUUUAAACGAGAUACUUCAGAACAUAGUCUAGGUAAAUUAUAAAUUCCUAUCAUCAAGGGCAAUAUUUUUUUUUUAAAUUGUGCUGUUUAUCACAUUAAGAGUUGGGGUGGUGAACCGUCUCGCCCUUGGUUGACAUGGACGUAAGCUCGCGAGUCCCCCCGGGUUUGUGCGGUUGUGUUUGUUGCUGUGCAGAUGACAUGAGCGGUAACGCGUUGUAAUUAUCGUGAGAAAGGAGUUGGUAGUUUCUUGCCAUUUGGACGCGUAACUCGUUUUUUUGUCCUUGUAUCCACCGUAUCAAUAUUAGGUGAGUAAUGUAGUUUAAAAUGCCUUCUAUUGUAAUCUACUCACGUUUCGUACUAAGUUUUUUGUUACAACUAUAUGUAAGUCAUGCGUAGAUGUCAGAGGACAACUGAGAAACACGUCGUUUGUCGGUCACCAACAGUAUCUCGUGCAAGCAGACAUGUUCUGGCAGCAGUAGCAGCAGCAGCACAUGCUGGUAGCGAUGUGAUCCUUCUUUCUCUGACCUGGUGUUUUUUUUUAAUCAAGACACGACGAGUGUAUAGAGCUACAUACAAGCCUAAUUUUAAAUGUUUAAACUGUCAUAGAGUAACUAUAUUCUUUAAACAUUUCAGAUGUUUUAGCUCACGUUUCUGAUUGCGUAGUCCGUGUCCAUGAAGCUUGGCUAAGCACCAGAGGCAACGUGGCAAUUCGUAAAUUUGAGUUUGUGCAAGACCGGCUUCUGUGUCCUUAGUGUGAGCACAUUAAUGGGAAACCGUGUAGCUUUGUACUAGCCGCGCUUGUAUGUUUAUGUGAAUAUAUUUUAUGGCUUGUGGUUUGUAACGAUGCAUAAUGCAUUUGAACGGACUCUUCUGGUUAAAUAAAAAAAACGUUAGAUUGUUUUUCCC